CUCUUGAUCCACUCAUUUCACCUUUUUCUCUCAUUUUCCGGAGACAAAUUACCAUAUUUUCUCCGUAUUACAUCACAUUUUCUUUUCUUUUAUAUCUCUAAUCACUUUACCUGUUUUGGAAUUCAAUUUAUUCGCUUUGAUCCUGUAACGAUACUCUUCAUUUCUGAAAUAGUGGCAAUAGUGGAAAGUAAAUUAAGUGAUUAGGAGACAGUUUAUUGAUGCACACAUUCACGUGCUGGGUGUAUCUGCAAGUUUAAAUUUAGAGAGUAGAUUACUGUAUUAAAAUGAGUUGGAAUCCGCUUAUGGAACUUCAUUACACGAACACUAGCUACCCUUAUAAUUCGGCCGGAAGUUUUAUGGAAUAUUUUGAAGGCCUUACAUAUGAACAUGUGAAUUUCAUUUUUGAUGGGGCUUCCCAAGUUCAGGAAAGUGUGUACCCCUCAAUGAAUGCAAAUUUCUACAAGUUCAGCUUGUCUCAACCUGGGAGUAGUUUAUAUUAUGAUCAUAGUCAUGCUUAUCAGGUCCAGGAUCACGGUUCGCAAAUUGAUGACUAUGGAAGGCCCCUGGAGCAUUCUUCAACUGUGACUAAUGUGCCAACUGCUGUUGUAAGUGCAGAAUGGGAAAGAAAUGAAAACAUGACUACUUCAAAUGACCCUGUGGAAUGUCUGCAGAGACAUCAGAAUGCUCAAGAUUUUCAGGUCAUUUGGCAGGAUAACAUUGACCCUGACAAUAUGAGUUAUGAGGAAUUACUAGAGUUAGGUGAGGCAGUUGGAGCUCAAAGUCGUGGUCUUUCCCAAGAACUUAUUUCUCUGCUUCCUGUUUCAAAAUACAAAUGCAGCUUCUUCUCAAGAAGAAAAUCAAGGAGUGAGAGGUGUGUGAUUUGUCAAAUGGAAUAUAAGCGAGGCGACCGGCGGAUCACACUGCCGUGCAAACAUGCCUAUCACUUUGGUUGUGGGACUAGGUGGCUUAGCAUCAACAAGGCUUGCCCCAUUUGUUACGUGGAUGUGUUUGGCGAUUCAUCAAAACGUUAGGAAAUGUGGAGAUAGCAAUUUUAUUUGUUGUGUUGAGUUUGGGUAUUUUUCUGCACACAUACAGCGUUGUUUGUUUUGGUUUUUCGUUCUUCUGUGUGUAGAAAAGAAUCAUUUAGUUUGUAAUAAAUGAAAUUAGAAACUUAGCACUAGAUUGAUGUUAUUUUUA